AAGUGGGGUAUCGAUUUUCUGCUUUUUUUUCUUUGUUGUCUGGGCUAUCUCGACCUUGAAAAAUCCUCUCGUUCCUGACGGAAUCUUUCAGUUUGCAUCUAUUCUCACGUCUCAUUAUUAUUCUCACGUCUCGUUAUUUUCCGGUCGCCCUAGGCUGCUCGCCCCAUAGUUAAGCAUUGGCGAGGACGCGGUAGAACGUCUCGCAGCAGAGCCAGAUUAGCUAAUAAUCGGAUAUUCACACUGACGAAUAAUCGAAUAUCCCACGGAAUUAAAUCGGCUUGCCCCCGAAAUAAAUAUCCCGACUUCAGCAUACCGUUUCUGGUGGGCACAGUUGCGUGGUAUUGGCAGAAUUGGGAUUUUGCACCUGCUGCAAAGACACGAACUUAUGGUGGUGGCAAACAAUGAUAGGCAGGCCAUCAAUUUGGCCCCCGGGGUCGUGCUAGCAGGGCACGCCUCCAUGCUCGACACGGCAAUUAUGAGCGACGUGAAAGUCGUAGUCAAUUGUGGAUCGACCUCGAAUUUCCUCCGGUUUCUCGACGAGUAUCAGCCCGUGGUGUCAUCUGACAUAAUAGUGCUCAACUUGGACCCGUAUGCGUCAUCAGCAGACCCGCCAUAUAUGGACUUCCACUCUCGGUUCAACCGUGUGCUUCAGAAUUACUUGGCGUUUUUUUAUAGCUACAACAAGGACGUGCAGUUUUUCAUCAACUCCAACUACGAAAACAGCAAGCUCUCCUUGGACUCGCCCACGAUGAACGGCGUGCCGCUUCGCCUGUUGUUCAACAUCAACAGGUUGUUGAAGCUCAUCAAAAACGUGAACGGCACUGCGGGAUUCUUGUUUGUGUCGGGCCACUUCGGACUGCUGCACCACUCCAACGCCCUUUUGUAUGCGUUGGCAAUGCUGUACUUGAUGGACAACUACAACUACAAUUUCGAGGCCAGCUACAGAUUCUUGCAGUCGCUCCUUCCGCCGCCGGGAGGAGCAAGCGCCACCCCGUCGCUCUUUCCUGUUGCGCCGGAUCUAUUCAAUCCAAACCACUACGACGACGUGUUGCUCAUCGACAGCCUCAAGAAGUUCUAUGUGGAGAACGGAAAAAUCAAGCAGUCUGAAAGCGGGGUCAUGACGAGAAAUUUCAAGUUGAAGCGGUCGAUCGAAAGCCUCGACUCAGUGUCUACCAUGCGGCCAGUUAAACGAAUGGCAUGAUCCGGGGCGCAACUUCAGCCAUCAGGAAAGCCGGAGAACAUAAAUAGAACUAGUCAGAAGAAAAACAAAGAAUGUCAUGGAUUCAUAUCGCCCUCACGGCAGCCUAUAGUACAUCUAUUUUUCGGGAAUGGACAACCCCACCAUGUUGGCGGUUUUCCGAACGUUGUCGCCCUGGCUCAUUGUCAAGCCGGGAUUGUAUCUUUCAAGAAGCUCGUUGUAAACCCUUUGAUUCUUCAAGUAGGCUGUCACAUUCUGCAAGUUAUGGAGGUCUUCCUUGGAGUCUAGAAGGUUCCUCACCUUGGAGCUGUCUAGAGGAGGAAUUUCGGCCUUCCCCGAUUCAAGAGCAUCGAGCUGAGCCUGUACUUUCUC